AAAAAAACUCCAAGUAGACACAAUAAAUUUUCCUUCAUCUUUUGUAGAUCGAUAAAAAUUGAAAGUCUCUGAAAUUCGUCAUGGCAAGUCAAACUCAAGGAAUUCAGCAAUUGUUGGCUGCUGAGAAGCGUGCAGCUGAAAAGGUUUCAGAGGCUAGGAAGCGCAAACAGAAGCGUUUGAAGCAAGCAAAGGAAGAGGCUCAAGAUGAAAUUGAAAAAUAUCGUCAGGAACGAGAAAGACAAUUUAAAGAGUUUGAAUCGAAGCAUAUGGGCUCACGUGAGGGUGUUGCUGCUAAGAUCGAUGCUGAUACAGUAUUGAGAAUUGGCGAAAUGACCAAGGCAAUAAGUGUUAACAAGAAUUUGGUCAUUCAAGAGAUCCUUCAGUUGGUCUAUGACAUCAAACCAGAAGUUCAUAAGAACUACUUAUUGAAAUUCAAUGACAAGUAAAUUAAAGUUCUAUUAACGUGAUGUGCUACAUUAAAGUUUGUUAAUUGAUUGUAUGUUUAAUGAAUAUGACAAUUUUUGUGCUUAGACGUAGUACUUUAGUGAUGUGGAAUUUUAAUUGUGGGAACUAGUAUGGACUUUUGUA